GAUACUUAAGCAACAAAUACGAAGCUAAUAAGGAAACUUCCUUCACAAUAGUACUUCAAAGUACUCCUUGAAAUCCUUUAACUCUUCAAGUAUAUGAACCCCACUUACUUUCUAAUUUCUAUACCUCUGCCCUAACAUUAAUUUACACACACAACUUUCAGUUCAUACAAAAUAAACAAUGUUGGAAUCUUCUUUCUUGUGCCUUUUUUUCUUGUUUCUCAUCACAAUCCCCCUUGGAACAAGUUGUUCUACCCUGAGAACAACGACAACAACACCCCAUGACAUAAUUGACCAAACCUGCGAAAAAUGCGCGAACCAAUCCACUAUCUUGAGCUACACCUUGUGCUCAACAUCUCUUCCAGCAAUUCCAGUAAGCCACUCGACAAAUCUUCAAGGGUUGGGGCUAAUUGCAAUGGAGCUAGCUCUGGAGAAUGUGACUAACACUUUAGCAACCAUAGAGAAGCUAUUAUUGGAUACCACUAGCUUUGAUGAUAACUUUGCCUUGGGGUGCUUAACAGAUUGCUUGGAACUAUACUCUGAUGCAGCAUGGACAAUAGUGGAAUCCAUAGAGGUUUUCUUGUCUGGGAAAUAUGAAGUUAGUAGGACAUGGAUGAGUGAAGUAAUGGAAGCAGCAUCUACAUGCCAGGGAGGUUUUGUGGAGAAGGGUGAGGUUUCUCCUUUGACAGAGGAGAAUUACAAUCUCUUCCAGUUAUGUGGGAUUGCACUUUGCAUCAUUCACUUGUCUAACCCUGAAGUUCCCUCUUAGUUAUAAUUCACCAAUUUGGUUAUGCUGGCCUCCUCAUUAACUGGCAAUAAAAUGAGAAACAUUAGUAUCUCAAGAAUAGACAAUAAAAGUGAGUGGCAUUGAUGUAAGAAAUCGGAGAGGGGGGCAUAACAGAAUUAGAUAAUAGACAUUAGACUUAGAGUAAUCUAUGUUGUUUUCUUUAUUACUUUCAUUUUCACAAGUAUAAAAUCUUGUUUUAGAAGUGAAAUGAACUCAGGAUUUUAAAGUUUAGUAAUGAUUGUUUUAUGCAAAAUAGUGAAUCGGGUUUAUGUGUAAAAUAGUUUUACACUAUUAGUGUAAAGUUACUAAACUCUUACACUAAGUUUGGUUGAAGUAGAAUGAAGGGGAGUGAUUUUUUUUUUUUUAACUUAUCAUAUUUGAUCCAAA